CAGUGAUUGUGUUAAGAACAGAGAACAGUCCGUAACAGUUCUGUGCUACGCUCCCCUUGGCAGGCACAGAGCAAGUCGGAGCGGGACGAUAAAUCAUUGCACAUAAAGGAACACACACAGGACAGCACAGCACAGCAGAGAGAGCAAGAGAGAGAAGGGGAGAGAGAGGGAGGACAUGCAGUCAGGCUACAGCAUCUCUGUGACUAACCACGGACUCCCUGUGCUGCAGCAAAACUGAUGAUUCGUCACUCUAGAGGUGCCAUGGCUGCUGGGUUCAGGCCGAUGAUCGUUCUACUGUUGCUGCUGAGUUGCUGGAAGGAGACCAAUGGAAAAGAAGGAAAAUCCAAGGGAAAGAAAGGGAAGCAAGUUGUCUGUCCAUCCCAGUUGUCCCCAGAGGACUUGGCCCAGGUCCCUCCCAACUCCACCUCCAACAUCUUGAACCGCCUGAUGGUCAGUUAUGACGCAAGAAUAAGGCCUAACUUUCAAGGUAUCCCAGUUGAAUCCCGAGUGAACAUCUUCAUAAACAGCUUUGGGUCCAUCCAGGAGACCACCAUGGACUACAGAGUGAACAUAUUUCUCCGUCAGAGGUGGAAUGACCCUCGCCUACGACUUCCUACUGAUUUUAAGAGCGACUCCCUCACUAUUGACCCCAACAUGUUCCAGUGUUUGUGGAAACCCGACCUUUUUUUUGCCAAUGAGAAAAACGCAAACUUCCACGAUGUGACGCAGGACAACAUACUGCUGUUCAUCUUCAGAAACGGAGAUAUCCUCAUCAGCAUGAGGCUCUCGGUGACGCUGUCUUGUCCCUUGGAUCUCCAGCUCUUCCCAAUGGACACCCAGCGGUGCAAGAUGCAGCUGGAGAGCUUCGGCUAUACCACCAGCGACCUCGUGUUCAUGUGGCAGUCCGACCCAGUUCAGAUGGAUGAAAUCGCCCUGCCGCAGUUCGACCUUAAAAAAGAGGACAUAAUAUAUGGAAACUGCACAAAGUUCUAUCAAGGAACAGGCUACUACACCUGCGUAGAAGUGAUUUUUACGCUGCGUCGGCAGGUUGGUUUCUAUUUGAUGGGAGUUUAUGCGCCAACUCUGUUGAUUGUGGUUUUGUCGUGGUUAUCGUUCUGGAUCAACCCUGAUGCCUCAGCUGCAAGGGUGCCAUUGGGUAUUUUAUCGGUGCUCUCUCUAUCCAGUGAGAGCAUGCUACUGGCGUCGGAGCUCCCGAAGGUUUCCUACGUAAAAGCCAUCGACAUCUGGCUCAUAGCCUGUCUACUUUUUGGCUUUUCAUCGCUGGUGGAAUACGCUGUGGUGCAGGUGAUGCUUAACAGUCCCAAACGCAUUGAGGAGGAGAAAGCCAAAAUGGCAGAAAAAGAGCGGCAGUUACAAGAGAAAGAAGGAAAGAUGGCUGCAAAUAAAGCUAGCAACACAGUGAAUGGGACCGGUGGAACCCCCAUACAUGCCAACACUCUGCAGGUGGUAGAAACUCGCUGUAAGAAGGUUUGCACCUCCAAGUCGGACCUUCGCUCCAACGACUUCAGCAUCGUGGGAUCUUUACCGCGAGACUUUGAGCUUUCAAACUUUGACUGCUACGGCAAAGCGGUGGAGGUUCUGGGGGUUCUCAAGUCCCAGAUCAAAGCCAACAAGAAACCAGCGCCGCCCAAACCGGUCAUUCCUGCUGCCGCCAAGCGCGUGGACCUCUAUGCAAGAGCCCUGUUCCCCUUCUCCUUCCUCUUCUUCAAUGUGGUUUACUGGUCUGUGUAUCUGUGAGAGGGACAAGUGCAGAGUGAUGGAGGUGUUUUGUCGCCAGGCCCGUGUUGAAACCACGUUGAACUUGAGCAAAAGCCACAGUAAAUAUUUAAUAGAACGUGAGCGCUGUGGUCCAUGUGUUCACCAUAACUACUAGACCUUAGGGUUGAUUACUUAAAUCCCCUUUAAACUGCCCUGCAUGUGUGUCUGUGCGGUAUGUAAACUAAACCCUGCUGUGGUGACACCGAGGACAACUACGCUGUACAUCACAAAUAUGUUAUGUUAAAAAUGGCCAAUACUGAUUAAACCCAUGUAAGACAUUUGAAAAUAAAUGUAAAAAUAUUCCAGGACUAGAUGAAUAAGUAUGUUGAAUAA